AUGUUUCAAGAAAGCUCUUACCUCAACUUCGGUCAUCAGCGAGGUACACCAUACAAUAGCGUGUACUUUCUCAACGUUGGGAACAACGCAACACCACCUCUUCCCAAAGAAGGAGAAACUGUAGCCAACCAAAAUGUUGAGACCACAGUUGAUAAGCCUCUGACCGCCUCUGAACAUCAGCAAAAUAUUGAAAAUGAAGCGACAACUUUAGACGAAAAGGAAAGUGAAGCUUCGUCUGACUUGUGUCCCACGCAGAAUGAAGCGGUCCUGAUCAAAAAAUCAGAAAAUGCACUGCAGUGCCGUCAUAAAAUGGUUCACUUUGAUCUUCAAGAUGAAGAAGUGGAGGAUAGUGGUGAUUACUGUAAACACCCUCAAGUGGCGAUGCAGUCAGUCUAUGCGAAGGCAAAUCUGAAUAAUUGUUACAAUAUGUUGGAGAAUGACAAACCGAUGAAGAACAAACAAGAUGGGCGAUUAAAUAAAACACAGGAGCAAAAACAUGGCUUAAAAAAUAGUGAGGUCGCAGCACAAUCUGGUGUCAAACAAGAAGCUACAAAACGAAGUCAACCGAUAGAAAGCUAUUACAUCAGCCUUCCUAAUAUGCAAAAGUUCAUCAAUAUGGAACCCAAAAAAGCGACGCACACUAUUCGUCCACCAGUUGUUAGAAAAUACGUCAUGGAAGCUCCAAAGAAAUGUUCACGAAAAUCUUUGGUAGACGAAUCGAAACAACGUUAUGUUGAACAUGAUUUUUCGCCAAUGGACUCAUCGGACACAAAUACAGCGCGAAACAUCAGCUUUGUUGCUGUUCAAUCUCAAUAUGUCUUCAAUGCGGAUAAGGCGAAUUCUGAGAAUUUGGAUAAUGAAGAUGAGAUGGUAAUGCAGAGCGAGAUUUCAUGCAGUGGUAAAAAAUCACACAAUUGCAAUGAUGCCAAAGGUAAACAAAAAGAAGAAUCAGAAGCCUCGCUUGCAUCAGAACAAUCUUCUUCUACUAAACCCUGUAUUAUUUCAUGCUAUAAUGAUAAGAAAAUGCGCGACUGGAAUAUUUACUAA